AUGUCUUUCCUGAAAAGAUUCAAAACGAAAAGGACUAAAAAGAAAGAGACAUUGCGAUCCGAAGAUUCACCUCCGGUAUACUCAAAACUUGGUCCACAGGAUACAGAGCAGAUUAUCACAAACUCCACCAAUGCGGCUUUUCAAGAAGCAUGGAAGAUGCACUGGAAAGAACUCAGCGAGAGCGAGAAGCUUGCGUGGAGCUUCCAAGAAGUCAGGUCUCCGUUAAAGGUACAUAAAACAAUUGACGACAUGGACAAGUACCACCGAGAUCAAUCCGUCGCUAGAAAAUGCGCAGAAGGAACCUUGCGAUUUCUCCGAGCGAUUGAGACAUUGAUGGCCGGAGUAACAAUUGGAAUGCAGGCAUACCCAGAUGUCAGUUCUAUAGUCGUCGGAAUUGUUCGGGUUGUGAUUAAUAUCGCGGUGAAAUAUUUCGAGUACUAUGAGAAGUUGACCGGGAUGCUGGAACGCCUCUCAGAUCAUCUUCAGGUCCUUGAUCUCUUUACGCGAAAUAAAUCCGAGGAACCGUUAUUGCAUUCAACACUGGUCGCAAUUUAUGUAAACAUUCUCGCCUUUUGCCGAUACGCACGGCGUGCUUUUGUUGACCAAGGGGAUAUAAAACGUUCAAAUAGUUUCGCAAUGUUGGCCAAAGUCCAAUGGGCUCCAUUUGAAGAGCAAUUCGGCCGAAUACAAUCUAAUUUGAAACACCAUACCGAGAAUCUAGACAGAAUAUCCGCAGCGAUAACCCUGAAUUCGACCUUGGAAAUUCGUGAGGAUGUGAAGAAAGCUCCAGAAACUGCUCAAAAUGAAAGAAGAGAGUUCUUGAGUUGGAUCAGCACGGAGAGCAUUGAAGAGAUCCAUGGCAUGAUUCGUCGAAAGCGACUUGCAGAUACUGGCUCAUGGCUCUUCGAGCAUUUAAAUUAUAAGAAGUGGGCUCUAGAAGAGAAGGUUGGACCGUUGUGGCUCUUUGGACCAGCUGGAACUGGCAAAAGUGUUCUUGCAUCUAUGGUCAUUGACCAUUUCUCUAAAAAUGAGGACAAUGUCGAAGUCAUCCAUAUUUACUUCAAAGGAGAAGAUACCACCAUUAUGCGGAAUUCUUUAGUCGACGUGUUGUCUAUGCUUGUGAAACAACUUUGCUGGAAUAUUGACGUCCUUCCCGAGCAGCUCUUGGAAUUUUACCGCAAUUCCAAAAGAAAUGCGCGCAAACCUACGUCUGAGGACAUCAAGGCCUUGUUCACUGAAUGUUUGAACCAUGUCGGUAAAACGGUUCUCGUUUUGGAUGGGUUAGACGAAUACGAAGAGACAAAAAGGAAACAGCUCUUGAAUUUCAUUUCUCAAACACUUGCACAACGGUUGAAUCUGAAAAUUUUCAUCACAAGUCGGUUGGAAAACGAUAUCAAGAACGUGCUUCAUCGCUGUGAAUGCUUACCUAUUGAGAGCGUGUCUCAAACUCGGCAAGACCUGGUUCGAGUCGUGAAGCAUCACGUUACUAAUGAAUUAGGGCAUAUUGAGCCUGAAUUCCAAGAAGAAGUCAUAAAAUUACUAAUCGAAAAGUCUGGAGGAAUAUUUCUCUGGGUCAACUUUCAAUUAAAUGAUCUGACUAAAAUCCCAGAACAGUCCAUUAGAGCCCAACUAAAUACGCUUCCAUCUGGGUUGGAAGAAACAUACCUUGAAUACUUUCGUGGUAUAAACAUGCAGCCCCAGACAGUCACAACCCUGGCGCAACGUUGCUUUCUUUGGACAUUUCAUACCAAUGCAAGACUUACCGGUAGCCAGUUAAGGGAUGCAGUGUCUUUAGAUCUCAGAAUAUCCGGAAACGAGCAGGAUCUCUAUAGUAUCGAUACCUUGGAAACAGUGACCAAAAACCUUUUAAAUGUUCCUGAAUUUCCGUUUUCACGUGUUCGGCCUGUUCAUUUCUCGCUACAGGAAUAUGCUACAAGUUCAGACAGCCCUCCUUCUGACCUGCGGGAGUUCCUCCUCCCCGACUCUGAGUCUGCUAAUCAACAAUUGGCCAUUCUGUGUCUCGAACACCUGCUAGCCGACGUGCCUCCACGGGACUUUUUUGAUACCAUUCUUUUCUACAGUGCUGCGUACUUUGAAACUCACAUUAAACGAUUGAAAAAAAUACCGGGCGCAUUGAUUGAUUUACUUGACCGUAUACUCAUCAAAGAGAAACAUAUGCCCUUGAAAAUCUUGACAUGGCGGUGGCCCAUUACUCAUGAAACGUAUCCCGAUAUCAGCUGCAUGGGGUGUCCCAAAUCAGUGGACCCCGUGUUUUUCAUGAAAUGUACGGGCCUUGACCAAAUAGAUGUGCUUUGGAAACGGUAUUCGCACCUUGAGCAACCGACAAGUUACCCAGAUGGGUAUCUCCAUUUGGCAGUGGCUGGUCGAUUAGAAGAUACUGUCAAGGACAUGAUUGCUCAGGGUGUCGAAGCAGAUCAACUUGAUGUCACAGGGCGUUCACCCUUAUACUAUGGCUGUGAUACGGGUUGUCCACUUGAAAUCGUGAAGUUACUCGUUGAGGAGGGAGCAAACAUUAACUUGCGUACUGACGACGGGAAAACACCGCGUAAAAUUGCUAUCAAUUUCCAUGUUGCGAAAUAUUUGGAGAGCAUUGGAGGAGUUGAAAAAAAGAAUGGCAACCCCAAGGAAAAUAAAGAAACGACACCGGCCGAGCGGCCUCAGGUCUACACUUCGGACUGGAACCCUGAACAGACCGAACAGGUCAUCGCGAAAACUACAAAUGCUGCGUUUCUAGAAGCAUGGCGGAUGCACUGGAUGGAUCUGGACGAAAGCGAAAAGGUUGAAUGGAGCUUCCAAGAAGUCAAAUCUCCGUUGAAGGUGCAAAAGACAAUUGAAGACAUGGAUAAACUGCAUCGGGAACACUCGAUCUCUCGUAAAGUCGCAGCCAAGACACUUCGGUUUUUCGAGGCGCUUGAGACAUUGAUGUCCGGGGUUGCGAUUGGGAUUCAAUCAUAUCCAGAAGUCAGCGCCAUAGUGGUCGGCGUCGUCAGAGUCGUGAUUAAUGUUGCUGUGAAAUACUUUGAAUACUACGAGAAAUUGUCUCAGAUGCUGGAACGCCUUGCUGAACAUAUCGCAAUAUUCGACCUUUUCACUCAAAACAACUCCGAUGAACAGAUCUUACAUCGGAUAGAACAAGAAAGAAGGAACUUUCUGGAUUGGAUAUGCAAAUACGAAAUCGAGGAAAUACAUGGAAUCGUUCGAGAAAAACGCCAUCCUAAUACCGGACUAUGGCUGCUGGACGACCGCAGCUACAAAUCAUGGAUUUUAGAAAAAGGCACGCACCCAUUGUGGAUAUCGGGGCCGGCUGGAACUGGAAAAAGUGUCCUUGCAUCCAUGGUCAUCGAUCAUUUGAAGGAUUGUACCAAGUACCCGGAUUACACCGUCGCAUACAUGUAUUUCAAAGGAGAAGAAGUCGAUACAAAACACUUACCCUCUCGCGUCAUGUCUAUGCUGGUCAAGCAACUCUGUUGGAACCUUGAGACCCUCCCCGAGCGAACUCUUCAAUUCUUUCGGGAUUUCGAGAAAAACGCACGACAGCAUACAUUUGAAGACCUCAGUUUUCUCUGGGUCGACUUGCAGUUAAAUGAUCUAGUCCAAAUCCCGCAAUCAGACAUCGAAAAUCAACUGACAAUGCUUCCUUCUGGACUCUCAGAUACUUACAUCGAAUGCCUCCGGAGAAUAAAUGCGCAACCACGGGCAAAUAGACUUUUGGCGCAAACUUGUUUCAUCUGGGCACUCUACAGCUACAGAUUGACAGGACGAUCCGAGUUCUGCGACCUGGUGUCUUUAGAGGCCAAACUAUCAGAGGAUAAGAAGGGAAAAUAUGGCUGGAUGGAAAUCGAAGGUGCCACCAAACAGUUAAUCAUUGCGCCAGGUUACUGGGGUCGCGUCCGGCCCCUACACUUUUCUUUCAAAGAGUUUAUCUUGAACCCGGAAUGCCCUAUACCAGUAGAUUUACAGUGUUACGUUCCUGAUUCAGACACUGCAAAUGCAAGGAUGGCCAUCAUGUGCCUGCAGCAUAUGAUGGCGGAGAAUGUACCUCCAGGCAAUAUUCUAUCCACAGGUCUGUUUUACUGUGGCGCAUACUUUGAUCGUCAUAUUCGAGAACUGGCUACAUUGCCUGAUGAGCUCAUGGAUCUACUUGACCAGCUCUUCAAUAAUGAACCACAUAAAUUUUUGCGGAUCCUGGCGUGGCGAUGGCCCCUUGCACAUGAAAACUAUCCCGACAUCAGCUGUCCAGGAAGUCCCAGUUCAAUGGAUCCGGUGUUUUUCAUGCAAUGCACCCAACUCGACAAGGUGCCCUCAAUUUGGUCGCGGUACUCGAAUGAACACAACCCGAUGUUAUCGGUAUCAAACAUGGAAAAACACAGCUCACACUCGAAAUUCAUUCACAAACUUCAGUCCCUAGACGUGGACAAAAAGGGGUGCAAUCUUCGCUCUCUUGCUCAAAAUUGCUUCCUUUGGUCGUUGUAUGCAAAGAAACCUAUAACCACAGCCCAGCUCUUAGACGCCGUCGCCCUUGACCUCAAGACGAGUCCCAAGCGCACAAAAGGUCAUGAAUAUUUUUACACCCUCACCGAUUUGAGAAACGCAACCUGCGAUCUGCUGCUAAUUUCAGGGUUUGGCUUGAACCGUGUAAGACCGCUUGAUCACGAUAGCGAGAGAUUCAUCUGCUCUGCAAUUCACGAUGAUGACACCGCAAUAGGGCUGAAAGAAUUCUUUCCGAGCCAACGCGAAGCCAAUAUUCGACUUUCAAGUUACUGUCUUCAACAUUUGCUUGCCGACACUCCUCCAGAAGAUAGCCUCUUUACAAUCUUGCCCUAUUGUGCCAGCUACUUUGACGCACACAUCCGCAGCCUCGACAACAAAAUCCCGCCGAACGUGCUGCAACUAUUAGAGCAAUUGCUGAAUUCCGGACCACUGAAUCUCCGAAAAGUUAUAUCUUUUCGAUAUCCGACUACGGACGAGAGCUUUCCUGACGUGGACUGCCCCGGCAGCCCCGCGUCAAUUGAGCCUGGGUUUUUCCUGCGGUGUGUGAAUCUUCAUGAGACGGUGGGCCCUGAGACCUGGUCUCGGUUUGCGAAGCGAGAAGAAGAUAGUUACCCUGAAGAGUAUCUACAUCUGGCCGCGGUAACGGGUCUGACGGAUAUCGUCGCGUCUAUAAUAUCAACGGCUGGUGUUGAUAUUAAUCGAGAGGACGGUAUAGGGUUCACGGCACUUCAGUACGCGGUUCAAGCUGGGCAGCAUGGCAUUGUCCAAAUACUUCUAGAUUCAGGGGCACGAGUCCAGGGAGCGGACGGUGAGCACGCAGCAGUAAUAAACAAGAAAAGUACAGUGAAAUUCACACUCAAAGCGAAGAUUUAG